UGAACUUGAGCCAAACCACCAUCCUUUAAGAGCGCACUGCGCAGCCACAGACGCAGAGCAGCACAGCAACAGAGCAGAAGCAAAGAAGGUAGGAAGGGGAAGAGAGUAAUCAUGUCGAAGGAGGUUAGUGAGGAGGUGGAACAUGAGCAUGCGCAUGCCAAGGACUACACGGACCCCCCGCCCGCGCCGUUGUUUGACCCUGGCGAGCUCCGCCUCUGGUCCUUCUACCGCGCCCUCAUCGCUGAGUUCGUCGCCACCCUGCUUUUCCUCUACGUCACCAUCGCCACCGUCAUCGGCCACAAGGAACAGAACAGCGCCAACCAAUGCGACGGCGUUGGCCUGCUCGGCAUCGCUUGGGCCUUCGGCGGCAUGAUCUUCAUCCUCGUCUACUGCACCGCCGGCAUCUCCGGAGGUCACAUAAACCCGGCGGUCACUUUCGGGUUGUUCCUGGCGCGGAAGGUGUCGCUGCUACGGGCGGUGUCGUACAUGGUGGCGCAGUGCUUGGGCGCCAUCGUCGGCGUGGGCAUCGUGAAGGGAAUCAUGAAGCACCAGUACAACUCACUGGGCGGCGGGGCGAACGAGGUCAGCCACGGCUACUCCAGGGGCACCGCCCUCGGGGCCGAGAUCAUCGGCACCUUCGUCCUCGUCUACACCGUCUUCUCCGCCACCGACCCCAAGCGCAACGCCCGCGAUUCCCACGUCCCCGUGUUGGCGCCGCUCCCCAUUGGGUUCGCCGUCUUCAUGGUCCAUCUCGCCACCAUUCCCAUCACCGGCACCGGCAUCAACCCCGCUCGGAGCCUGGGCCCCGCCGUCAUCUACAACCAGCACAAGGCUUGGGAUGACCAGUGGAUCUUCUGGGUAGGUCCAUUCGUCGGAGCUCUGGCGGCAGCGAUCUACCACCAGUUAAUCCUCCGGGCGGCGGCCGCCAAGGCCCUGGGAUCCUUCAGAAGCAACCCCACCAACUAAGUCUUCAUUCCUCGUCUCAUAAUUUCCGCGUUUAUGUUGUCGAUGAUGCUUGGUUGUAUGUUCUACUCCUCCUCCUUCCUCCUGUCAAAUUUGUGCGUCACUGUUUCAUUGAACUUUGUGGUCGAGCUCAUUAUGAUUGUCACUGUUUAAUUGAACUUGGUGGUCGAGCUCAUUAUGAUUAAUAUAAUUAAAUCUUCCUUUUCUCCUCUUUAA